AUGGCCCAGAAUCGCUCUAUGCAGAAGUCAAACCCGGUGGAGAAGAUCAAGAAGGAGGAUGUUCUGGGUCAGCGUUUUCCGCUCUGUCCGGCUCUGUCCAGCCCAAAGAGACAUGGCCUUCAAACCCCAAACCUCUGCAGCAGAGAGCAUGGCAUCUACCCUCUGAGUCCAGGAGGAGAGGUGGAUCCCAGGGUGAUAACCGGUCAGGAGAAAGAAGUGUCCUAUACUAUAAAGAGUCCAGACAGAAAGAAUUCACUGAGAGUUCAGAAGAAGAAUUAUAAACAGGAGAAGAGAAGGGCAACUAAAGAGCUGUUCAGUGCUUUAAAGGACCCCACUGUGGUCAUCAUGUCAAACUGGCUGAAGAUUCGCAGUUGCCUGAAGAGCUGGAUGAGGCUGUGGUGUGUGCUGAAACCCGGGGUGCUUCUCAUCUAUAAGAGCCCCGCGGUGGAGCACUGGGUGGGAACCGUCCUGCUCAACGCCUGCAGACUCAUCCAGCGACCCUCAAAAAAGGACGGCUUCUGUUUCAAAGUGUUCCACCCCCUCGACCUGACCAUCUGGGCGGCCAAGGGACCAAGAGGGGAGAAUGUGGGCUCCAUUACACAGCCCUUACCCAGCACCCACCUCAUCUGUAGAGCCAUGACCCAGUCUGACGGUCACUGUUGGAUGGAUGCUUUAGAACUUGCCUUAAGCUGCUCCAGUCUGUACAAACUGACCUCCUGGAACUGCCGCGAUACCCAGCAUUGCUUCCCCUCUGAGUCUUCCAACAUCCUCAGCUUCUUACACGCCGACUCCCUCGACCUUUUACGCAAUGACUCGCCCAACCUCUCACACACUGACUCACCGCUGAAUGAGUCCUGUCUUGGACACAACCACACUGAGACGGAUGGCUGUUCCGACCAAUCAGAAUGUGAUGUGCACGAAGAAUCAGACAUGGUAACCAAACAGAAUGGAGAUCAGUUGCUAAAUGAGGAGAGUUACGUGGACCAAUCAGAUGACCCCUGUCCUGAAACAGACAUCAUGGACUUUGACCAUGCCGGGUCAGAGGAGGGACAAGAAGAAGAGGAAGAGGAGGAGAUGGAAAGGGUUUUGGAGGAGAACAGAGGUGUGAUGUGGACACUCCUCAGUCAGCUGUGUGUGGGGAUGGACCCGUCCAAACUCACUCUGCCCGUCUUCACGCUGGAGCCCAGAUCUCUGCUCGACAGGCUCUCAGACUACUACGGCCACACGGACCUGCUGUCAGAAGCAGUGGGGGAGGAGAAUGCUUACAGCAGGAUGAAGAAGGUUCUGUGCUGGUAUUUCUCUGGCUUUGAUAAACAUCCAAAGGUUCUGAAGAGGCCCUUCAGUCCUGUCCUGGGGGAGACCUUCCGCUGUUCCUGGCUCCACCCUCAAACAGAGAGCUGCACCCUUUACAUUGCCGAGCAGGUAUCUUACCAGCCCCCAGUAUCUGCCUUUUAUGUGUGGAACAAGAAAGAUGGCUUCUGCAUAACUGGCAACAUUCUUCCCAAAUCCAAGUAUUAUGGUAACUCUCUGUCAGAAAUACUGGACGGAAGAGUAACGCUGCUUUUCCUCUCUCAUGGGGAAGAGUACAUCUUUACUCUCCCCUACAGCCACUGUAAAGGGCUUUUCUACGGUAAAAUGACCACGGAACUUGGAGGAAAAAUAACCAUAGACUGUGAAAAGACAAAGUGUAUGGCAGAAGUGGAAUUUAAACUAAAGCCUGUGUUUGGCUCGUCCAGUCAAAAGAACCAGGUCUCAGGAACAAUCUGCAUUGGAGACCAGCUGCUGGCCACAGUGGAGGGUCACUGGGACAAAGAGAUUUUCCUGUGUGAGAGAGGUACAGGGAAGAGGGAGAUGUUGUGGAAUUCGACACCACAGGGACGGAGACAGAGGCUGAAGAGACGAGUCAUUUUGCCAGAUCAGCAGGGACCAUUAGAGUCAGCGAGGCUGUGGAGACACGUGUCAGAUGCUGUUCUGUCAGGGGACCAGAGGCGUGCGGUGCAGGAACGAUAUGUGGUUGAGGAAACUCAGCGCUGGGAUAUGAGAGUGAGGGGUGAUGAUCCGUGGACACCUCAUUUCUUCAGACUGGAUCCAGUCACCAACCAGUGGAUCUACAAACAUGCACAGAGUAAGCAGUGUGAUGCAGAUGUCAGCGCCCUGCAGUGUGUGAGAAACAGCGUGAAUACAAAAACACAGCCAGUUCUCAGCAGCCAGUCCUUCAGCCCACAGCAGGCCAAGCCCCAGGGCAAGUACAGGAGGUCAAGCCAACAUGUGUCAAGCUGUGGCCAGACUAUGGAGAUCAGCAGCUCUGAACCACUGCAUAAACCCCCUGUUCUCACAGGCAUGACUAACUGUAAUGUCCUGAAAUUCACCUUGCUCUUCCUCACACUCAAGAGCCUGUCCGUGCUGAGUCAGCAGCUGUAUGUGAGUGAUCACUCCGACCACAGGAUGGUGUCCAGCCGCAACUGCCUUAUCAUCUUCAUCAUUCUGCUCCUUCAACUACUCAUCAGUUACAUGUCCACAUGA